AGCUGACCGAUGGGAGCGUUCGGAGUAGUUCCUUCCGUACUCGGACUCGCAGUCCCUCGCGUUCGUGCGUGUCCGCGUAAGCUCGUGCGUUUCUCGGCGAUUCGUCGAUCGCCUCACGUUGGUCGCGUGUGAUCUGAAAAAGUAAAGCCGGCGCCGCAGCGAACGAAGGAAUCCGCGAGGACGCCGCAUCUUCUACGUCGAUUGCGAAACUAGUGAAAGGCGCACGACACGCGGGACGGAGACGACGACGACGACCACGACUACGACGACGCUGACGACGGUCACGACGGGUCACGGGUGGAAUUGCCACGGUCAACGGAACGCCGGGUGACUAUUAAAGCGUCGUUGAUCACCCGUGGCGAGGCAUAUCCUGUCCUAAGAUUAAACGACCCUCUGGAAGCCGUGCAUCCGACGAGGGAGCUCAAGGGUUGCGCCGCUUCUCGACGACGGGAUUGCCGUUGUUUGCCGUUGUCUUGCGAUUACCAACUAUUCCAGGACCAAUCCAAGACCAGCGGUCAAAUUGGGCGAGAUGGGUUUGUAUAUCCUACGAAGAGAGAUAUUGCGUAAUGGGAAGAUUUUUAUUCAAUAUAUAUCUAAUAUUAUUGUUAUGGGAUGCCUGUGGAAUCUUUUUCCGCGAUAUUCUUCGGUUGCAGUAUUCUGUCGUCGUUGUCAGCCAAAAUAACAUCCUCUUGAGCGUUCGUGAAAAUUGUUGAUCCUCUGCAAAGGAAUUGGAUUGAAAAGAACACGUCGGUAUCACACUGACGGUUUUGCAUCGGGACAAUGCAUCUUGCGCGAGAGUUUUCGACCACACCAAAAACACUUCAGUGCUCCCACACUGUACUCUUCUUCGUCGCCUUCGUCGCCAAACGGUAACUUCUUUCCUCCUCGGUAGACCGAGGAAUCACCCGAAAGGACAUUAUUUUGAGACGAUCGAUAACAUCCAGAGCGUCGUAACCGAAUCCUUCGAAGAAGAAAACUCGCGAUGGUACUCCAAGAGUGGGAGGACUUCGCGGGGAAUUUAUUUUCGAGGAGACAAUUGGAAUUGCUGCGAAGUUCAGAAAUUCACAUACACCAGAAACUGUCAAAGAAGAUACGAGAAGGAUUAAAGAAAUACAAUGAGGUAGUAGACUGUUCACGGAGCACCUGGUGAGAGAGGCGGUUUUUAGCGCGACGGGCGAUAUGUUGCUGUCGAGCCGCGGCGGCCGAAAGGGGCCCAUCGCCUGUCUGGUGGGCCUCCUCCUCAUCUUCGCUCUUUAUCAGCUGGGCAUUAUUUGCGGCUCCACCAGAUACAUGCCUACGGCCGUGAUGGUCAGUAAGGAGAAAUAUGUGAUCGGGCCAUUUGAUCGCAAGACGUAUACGUACGACCGUUACAUGCCGCUCAUUUUCAUCGGCGGUGUACCACGAUCGGGUACGACCCUAAUGCGUGCCAUGCUGGACGCGCAUCCUGACGUGAGGUGCGGGCAGGAGACCAGGGUUAUACCGCGGAUUCUCCAGAUGAAGAUGCACUGGUCCAAGUCCGAGAAGGAAAACGUACGACUCACCGAGGCCGGUAUCUCGAAAGAGGUGAUAGACAGCGCGAUAGCGGCGUUCUGCUUGGAAAUAAUAGCACGACACGCCGAGCCCGCGCCGAGGUUGUGCAACAAGGAUCCACUCACCCUGAAGAUGGGCUCGUACAUCCUCGAGCUCUUCCCGAACGCAAAAUUUAUAUUCAUGGUGCGCGACGGCCGUGCGACGGUGCAUUCCAUCAUAUCCAGGAAGGUCACCAUAACGGGAUUCGACUUAUCGUCCUACCGGCAGUCUCUCAUCAGGUGGAAUCACGCAAUUUCCGUAAUGUAUGGCCAAUGCAAGGAACUAGGACCUGAGAGAUGUCUGAUGAUCCCUUACGAACAACUAGUUCUGCAUCCACGCCAAUGGAUGAAGAAGAUAUUAAACUAUCUGGACGUGCCGUGGAACGAGUCUGUCAUGCAUCACGAGGAAUUCAUUAACAAACCCGGCGGAGUACCUCUGAGCAAGGUCGAGAGGUCAUCGGACCAAAUCAUAAAGCCUGUAAAUCUGGCGGCGCUGACCAAGUGGGUCGGUAACAUUCCCGAGGACGUGGUGAGAGAGAUGGCGGACAUCGCGCCGAUGCUCUCUGUGCUCGGCUACGAUCCUUACGCGAAUCCGCCCGUUUACGGCGCACCGGACAGUUUAGUUAGCGACAACACCAGACGAGUGUUGGCUGGCGAAAAACUCUGGGAGGAGAAGGCACGGGCGUAUCACCUAUCGCAUAGGCCGAUCGAGAACAGCAACGAGGAAGCUGCUUCCAGCACGGCCCCAGUCGCGUGACCCCGCGUGAUUCUCGUAGGCGCGAGCGACACAUAACCGACUAACACCAUCCUAAGUCCCAUCGAUUUAGGAUUUCCGUGUAUACGGAGACCACCCCCUUGUACUUUCAAAGUAAACUCGGUCUCUCACACGACGGCGAGUCGCGUCGUGAAUUAAUCGUCCCCUUGUCGUAUUUUCUCAGUCUCCUCCGUUAUCGCAUCCCGACGACGAUAGAUUAAUCGAUCAUUCCUCGCGUCGCUUAUUUAUUCGCAUCAGGGAUCGCGCUUCACGAAGCCAGAUGACGUAAUAUAAUAGGCCGUGACAAGAAAAUAUAGGAUGCGGCCAGAAGUAAGCGGCCAAACUUCGACAGACGUGCUGUUCUGCCAUUAUUUGACAGUCCAUGAGGAAUCGAUGUCAAGCGUUUUCUUCUGCGAUACACGUCUCUUCGAAACGAAAAGAAGCGUAAGGUUCAUUCCAGAAUUAAACUUGUAUGAACUUUCUCGGCGUCCUCGCAAUAUUCUACCGCAGAUGAAAACUGUGGAAGCAUACAGUAUCUGUAACUCAGAAAAAGAAAGAGAGAAACAGCAUUUCUAGAUAUAUAACUUCUCUUCUUCGAAACGAGUAGAAUAAAUUUCAAAUGUUUGGUCAUUUAUUUCUGGAAUGUAUCCUGUAUAUUACCGCGAUAACUAUAUAAUAGUCAUAGUAAUAUUUUUAAUAAUUAAAAUAGUAAAAAUAUCAAUUUAAAAAAUUUGGUGCAAGAA